AUGAUGAUCAUCGACAAACCAGACAAGAAGACGGGACCGACUCCCGUCGAGGCGCCACCCUCCUAUGCCUCUGCCCUCCAAACAAAUGGAAGCAGUGCAACGACUUACUCCCCUGAUCCUAAGGUCGGAUACACACCUUCUCAGCCCUACCCCGCCGCGCUCUUCCCCCCAGCCCCCAAGAAGCCGGGAAAACCAAACCGACGUUGGUUUUCAUUUGGGAUAUCCAAAACCGCCAAGCAAGUCCGGUCAACAACCCAGGAUAUCCUCCGUGAUCUCGUCAAACAACAUCCCGCGACUGAGUUCGCAUCCGUUCUUGACAGCUGUGCUGAGGCAUGCGCCGCUCACGGAGUCAGCCUUUCACAGAUUAUACAGGAUCCGUUCAUCGAGAAUCAUUUAGCAGUGUACUGGGCAAUCAUCAAACGCCCCUCCGACUGUGUCAAACUCUACUCUUCGAACAUACAUGCUAAUCCCGAAUCCGAUGCACUCGUUAUGGCUCUCCUCGCCGCAUCGUCUCCGAUCAGCGCAACCACAAUCUCGGAGGUGCGUUUGGCAUGCCUCGCCAACUCGGAUCAUGCUCUCUUUCAGCGCAUUAAACGACGGUUCGAUGCGUUUUCGCUACUAUCCGGCGCGGAUGCAAUCUUGCUUGCCACCAACGGAGUUCGUAUGGAGGAUCGAGGUGACAAUAUAACGGUUGAGGAUGUACGGGGAAACGCACGCGCAUUUGUCGCGAGAUUCGAAAUCAUCCAAUUUCAGCUGAGGAUGAGGGUGUCCAAGAAAGUGGAUGUAGAGUUCAUUGCGAAAGGCCGAUUUUGGCGUCUGUCCUUCUUGGUCACUCCCGAGACCCACAUCAAUGUCCACCAUCGGGCUGGCUCCUGGCUGGUCGUUCUGACCCUCCUUGAGCACAGCCCUCCUACCUGGAUUGACUCACAACUUAUCAUAUCUGAACCGCCGUCUUCACCCAGUUUUGACUCCAGAACGUCUAACGUCCCCACACCAUCCCCUUCCGAUACUCUGCCGAGUUAUCCGUCUGUUCGGUACCAGGCUCCACCGCAGCAUCCCGCAAGAGACUCUAUUUUCCGUUCAAAAGGGAAAAAGCCCAAGCCAGUGGUGAAUCUGAGGAUUAAGUCGGGGUCGAAGCAGCUAUCUCCUCAGUCUUCACAGUCUAAUGGACCGCAUCAGAUCACAGUACCUCUGGAGGACAGUCUCAUGGGAGCUGACCUUCAAUAUGAAGGCUCAUCUUACAUUGAUUCAUCUGGCACCCUCAAUGCGACUCUAGAAGCUCAUCUGAUGAAGCCGGACAGUGACUGCAUCAUAUGCUGAACUUUCCUCUGUUUUUUUUUGUAUCAACGCAGCACGUUUAUCGCACAUUUAUCCCUCGC